UCCAACGUAAACAACCUCGCAUUCUCAUUGGAUAGAGGAAAGUUAUUUGAAAGACCCAGGACUCAGGAGAGUAGGGAGACUGCAAUUGUGAAUUUCAUUUACCAGUACAACGUAAACAACCUCGCAUUCUCAUUGGAUAGAGGAAAGUUAUUUGAAAGACCCAGGACUCAGGAGAGUAGGGAGACUGCAAUUGUGAAUUUCAUUUACCAGUACAACGUAAACAACCUCGCAUUCUCAUUGGAUAGAGGAAAGUUAUUUGAAAGACCCAGGACUCAGGAGAGUAGGGAGACUGCAAUUGUGAAUUUCAUUUACCAGUACAACGUAAACAACCUCGCAUUCUCAUUGGAUAGAGGAAAGUUAUUUGAAAGACCCAGGACUCAGGAGAGUAGGGAGACUGCAAUUGUGAAUUUCAUUUACCAGUACAACGUAAACAACCUCGCAUUCUCAUUGGAUAGAGGAAAGUUAUUUGAAAGACCCAGGACUCAGGAGAGUAGGGAGACUGCAAUUGUGAAUUUCAUUUACCAGUACAACGUAAACAACCUCGCAUUCUCAUUGGAUAGAGGAAAGUUAUUUGAAAGACCCAGGACUCAGGAGAGUAGGGAGACUGCAAUUGUGAAUUUCAUUUACCAGUACAACGUAAACAACCUCGCAUUCUCAUUGGAUAGAGGAAAGUUAUUUGAAAGACCCAGGACUCAGGAGA